UUCUUGCUCUCGCAAGAUACUAGUCAACAUUGAAAUGGGUGCGCCUAUAUAUAAGCAAUGAUUACUAAAAUUUUAUAGUGCUUAACAAUAUCUGCCUCAAAGAACUCGAAGAGUACUACUUGUUUGGCCGAAGUGAUUUUUUCGAAGAUGUUCGGGGUGGUCGGAAGUAUUUUGGUUUUUGCUGUAUGUGCUCAAGUCAGCUUCGCUCAAGGGCCUUCACGGAAAAAUCUUUAUGCCAGUAUAUUACAAGAUGCUAGAAAUGAGCCAACUCCUGACGGUACAUUCGGAUAUCUAUAUAAAACUGAAGAUGGAAUCACAAGUUCAGCUAGAGGAGGUCCAAAUGGUGUCAUUCAAGGUGGAUUUUCUUAUACAGAUCCAACUGGUUUAAAAGUAAAUAUUAACUACAAUGCUGGAUCAAGAACAAGACCUUCUGCUGUAGAACCUUCACAAAGACAACAAUCAGCUCCAAAAUAUUAUGAUAAUCAAAGUGGGUCUAGACAAGCUCCAGUUUACAGAAAUCAGCCUCAAUAUUAUGAACAACCUUCUCAGGACUAUCAAGAAUACCAAGAGCCACAAUAUCAACAACCUCAACCACGUUACAGGCCAAGACAGCCAGCAUACAUUACAAGGCCACAAAGACCUGAAGAUGUAUAUCAACAGCGAAGAAAUCGUCCCAUAAAUAAUGAAAUUUACGACGAUUAUAAUUAUAAUUAUUAAAACUUAUAAAUUGUAUUAUUAAAAUUUAAUAAAUUAGUUCUAAGAUUUUUAUACAA